CCUCGUCCUGUGUAUAGAAACAUCCUAGUCUCCGGCUUCUCUCUUUGGGGGUUCACGACGCCCCGAUGCCCCGAAUCCCGGUCAGGGAUGGCCUCUGUCGCCUCUCCGCCUACCUGGAAGAGCUUGAGGCCGUGGAGCUGAAGAAGUUCAAGUUAUACCUGGGGACCGCGACAGAGCCGGGCGAGGCCAAGAUCCCCAGGGGGCGUAUGGAGCAGGCUGGUCCUCUGGAAAUGGCUCAGCUGCUCGUGGCACAUUGCGGGAUGCAGGAGGCCUGGCUGCUGGCUCUGAGCAUCUUUGAGCGGAUCAACAGGAAGGACCUGUGGGAGCGAGGACGGAGAGAGGACCUGGUGAGGGAUACUCCACCUGGUGGCCUGUCCUCGCUGGGGAGCCAGUCGGCAUGUUCUCCGGAAGUCUUUCCUGGAACUCCAAGAAAAGAUCCCCGGGAAUCCUACAGGAACCACGUGCGCCGGAAAUUCCGCCUAAUGGAAGACCGCAACGCCCGGCUGGGGGAAUGCGUCAACCUCAGCCAGCGCUACACCCGGCUCCUCCUGGUGAAGGAGCACUCAAAUCCCACGUGGGCCCAGCAGAAGCUUUUGGACACGGGCUGGGGACAUGCGAGAACCGUAGGACAGCAGGCCAGCCUCAUCCAGAUGGAGACCCUCUUUGAGCCAGAUGAGGAGCGCCCCGAGCCGCCGCGCACCGUGGUCCUGCAGGGGGCAGCAGGGAUGGGCAAAUCCAUGCUGGCCCACAAGGUGAUGCUGGACUGGGCCGACGGAAGGCUCUUCCAAGACAGGUUUGAUUACGUCUUCUACAUCCACUGCAGGGAGAUGAACCAGAGCGCCUCUGAGCGGAGCGCGCAAGACCUCAUCUCCAGCUGCUGGCCUGAGCCCGGCGCGCCCCUCCAGGAGCUCCUGCGAGCUCCUGAGCGCCUCCUUUUCAUCCUUGACGGCUUUGAUGAGCUCAAGCCCUCUUUCCACGACCCUCAGGGCCCCUGGUGCCUCUGCUGGGAGGAGAAACGGCCCACCGAGCUCCUGCUUAGCAGCCUGAUUCGGAAGAAGCUGCUGCCGGAGCUGUCUUUGCUCAUCACCACCAGGCCCACGGCUUUGGAGAAGCUCCAACGCUUGCUGGAGCAUCCCCGGCACGUGGAGAUCCUCGGCUUCUCCGAGGCGGAAAGGAAGGAGUACUUUUACAAGUAUUUCCACAACGCCGAGCAGGCCGGCCGAGUCUUCCAUUUCGUGAGGGACAACGAGCCCCUCUUCACUCUGUGCUUUGUCCCUAUGGUGUGCUGGGUCAUUUGUACUUGCCUCAAGCAGCAGAUGGAGGGUGGAAGGCUUUUGAGGCAGACAUCCAGGACCACGACGGCAGUGUACACGCUCUACCUCCUGAGUCUCAUGCAACCCAAGCCAGGGACCCCGACCCUCCGGACCCCACCCAACCAGAGAGGGCUCUGCUCUUUGGCUGCAGAUGGCCUCUGGAAUCAGAAAAUCCUUUUUGAGGAACAGGACCUCCGGAAGCACGGCCUGGAUGGAGUGGAUGUGUCUUCCUUCCUCAAUAUGAACAUCUUCCAGAAGGACAUCAACUGUGAAAGGUUCUACAGCUUCAUCCACUUGAGUUUCCAGGAGUUUUUCGCAGCCAUGCACUAUAUCCUGGAGGAUGGGGAGAGCAGACCCGGCCCAGACCAGAACGUGGCAAGGCUGUUGGCUGAGUGCGGGUUUUCAGAAAGGAGCUUCUUGGCGCUCACCGUCCGUUUCCUGUUUGGACUCCUCAACGAGCAGACGAGAAGCUACUUGGAGAAAAGUCUUUGCUGGAAGGUCUCGCCUCGCGUCAAGGCGGAGCUGUUGGAGUGGAUCGAGAGCAAAGCGCAGAGCGAGGGCUCCAUGCUCCAGCAGGGCUGCUUGGAGCUCUUCAGCUGUCUCUAUGAGAUCCAGGAGGAGGAGUUCAUCCAGCAGGCCCUGAGCCACUUCCAAGUGGUCGUGGUCAGCAACAUCGCCACCAGGAUGGAGCAUAUGGUUUCCUGCUUUUGUGUGAAGAACUGCAGGAACGUCGUGGUGCUGCACUUGUGCGGGGCCGCCUACAGCGCGGACGAAGAAGACGGGCUGAGGGGGGCUUCGGGGCCCCGGGCGCCACUGGCACAGCCACCUGAGAGGAACAUCCUGCCAGAUGCCUACAGCGAACAGCUUGCUUCUGCUCUAAGCACCAAUCCGAACCUGAUAGAGCUGGUUUUGUACCGCAACGCCCUGGGAAGUCGGGGGGUGAAGCUGCUGUGUCAAGGACUCAGACACCCCAACUGCAAACUUCAGAACCUGAGGCUGAAGAGGUGCCGACUUUCUGGCCCUGCCUGCUGGGACCUCGCCGCAGCACUGAUAGCCAAUAAGAAUUUAAUAAGGAUGGACCUGAGCGGCAAUGGCCUGGGGCUGCCGGGCGUCAGACUGCUUUGUGAGGGGCUCCGACACCCCCGAUGCAGGCUGCAGAUGAUUCAGUUGAGGAAGUGUCAGCUGGAGGCCGGGGCUUGCCGGGAGAUCGCCUCCGUGCUCAGCACCAAUCGACAUCUGGUGGAGUUGGACCUGACGGGAAAUGCGCUGGAGGAUUUGGGUGCAAGGUUGCUGUGUGAAGGCUUGAGCAACCCGGUCUGUAGGCUGCGGAUCUUGUGGUUGAAGAUUUGCCACCUCACCGCUGCUGCCUGUGAAGACCUGGCCUCCACCCUCAGUGUGAACCAGAGCCUGGUGGAGCUGGACCUAAGUCUGAAUGACCUGGGGGACGCCGGGGUGCUGCUGCUGUGUGAGGGCCUCAGGCAUCCCCAGUGCAAACUUCAGACCCUCCGGUUGGGCAUUUGCCAGCUCAGCUCCGCAGCCUGUGAGGGUCUCUCUGCCGUCCUCCAGGUCAACCCCCACCUCCGGGAGCUGGAUCUGAGUUUCAAUGACCUGGGAGACCGGGGCAUGUGGUUGCUGUGUGAGGGGCUGCGGCACCCCACCUGCAGACUCCAGAAACUCUGGCUGGACAGCUGUGGCCUCGCCGCCAAAGCCUGUGAGGCCCUUUCUUGCAGCUUGGGGGUCAACCGGACCCUGAGGGAGCUGUACCUGACCCACAACGCCCUGGGCGACGCCGGCGUCAGGCUGCUCUGCAAGAGGCUGAGUCAUGCCGGCUGCCCACUGCGAGUCCUCUGGUUGUUUGGAAUGGCCCUGAAUCCAAUGACCCACAGAAGACUAGCAGCGCUUCGCGUCGCCAAACCUUCCUUGGACCUUGGCUGCUGAGUGGUCCUGUCUGCUGGUCCUUCUCUGGAAGUCGGGGCGCAGGAAGGUCACCCCAGAGCCUGCCGGUCGACACCACGCUCAGGCUCUUGAUCUCCCGAAGAGACAAACUCACGAGCGGAAUGAAGGCUUUCUGCUUGGGGGUCUCUGGGAUCAACGUGCAGUGGAGCGGGCAGCUGGAGUUUGGGGAAUGUUGGGGCCGUGCAGGAAACUUAGGCCGGUGUCCUGGGUGCUUCUAGAGCAGGGGUUCCCAACCGAGGGUGAGUUUGUGUCCCCACCCCCACCCCCCCGGCCCAGGGCACACUCAGCAAUGUCAGGAGACACGGAAGCGGGUGCUACCGGCAUCUGGCAGAGACCAGGGGUCCCCCCAGACAUCCUACAAUGCACAGGAGAGCCCCACAACAAAGUCUUUAGCUGAAAACGUCAAUCGUGCCAAAGUGGAGAAACUCUGUUCUCAGAGAUUAAUCGUGCAAUACGGUUUGGGAGGCUGGGGGACCUUAGGGUGCUUGCUGUGCCAACGAGCCUUGCCAUCUUGUUUUGUGCCGUGAACCUGUCUCCUGGCCGGAGCCAGUCAGACCACGGCUGGACCCCUGCCAUGGUUAGCCAACUGUGGGCUGGCCAGUCAUCUACAGCUAUCACGCUUUGGGUGAAGACAGGAACCCAAGCAGAAUUUGAUCCCUGGGGGUUUGAACUAGGAAAGUGACAGCUGGGAAACUUCCCAAGAAGGCCGCGAGCACGUCCUGCCGACGCCGUCAAUGGAGAGGUCUGGAAAGACCAGAAUUUCCUAGGAAGCAGAGGAAAUGGUCAAGAUGAGAAAUGAGGGUGACCUUGUAACCCAGGAAAGGAAGGA